AUGGUUCUAGUACCUUCAACGAUUCUGACAAGACAUGCGUGGGUGAGUGGUGGAGUGUGGGUGAGUGGUGGAGGAGUGUGGGUGAGUGGUGGAGUGUGGGUGAGUGGUGGAGUGUGGGUGAGUGCUGGAGUGUGGGUGAGUGCUGGAGUGUGGGUGAGUGCUGGAGUGUGGGUGAGUGCUGGAGUGUGGGUGAGUGCUGGAGUGUGGUUGAGUGCUGGAGUGUGGGUGAGUGCUGGAGUGUGGCUGAGUGCUGGAGUGUGGUUGAGUGCUGGAGUGUGGUUGAGUGCUGGAGUGUGGUUGAGUGCUGGAGUGUGGUUGAGUGCUGGAGUGUGGGUGAGUGCUGGAGUGUGGUUGAGUGCUGGAGUGUGGGUGAGUGCUGGAGUGUGGGUGAGUGCUGGAGUGUGGUGCUCGAAUGGUUUUAUCUUCAGCGAGUCUGACAAGACAUGCGAUGGUGGUGAGUGGUGGAGUGUGGGUGAGUGGUGUGGAGUGUGA